AUGCGUAGCAGAGCAUUGACGUGCGUCACUGUCGCCAACCCCGAUCCCAUUGAACCGCAUCUCCCUCUAUUGUGUGUGUUAUUCCUCUCGCCUUGCUUCCCUUCUAUUUUUUUUCUUUUUCCUCCCCAUGUUGUAGGAAGACAACAGGCUACGCAGCACGGUAAUAAUUGGGCGGCGAAUAUGGUCACGGGAUGGGCGGUGAUGAUGGCGGCGGCGCGGCAAGGGCCGGGUUUGCAUAAGGAAACGGGCUGUUGUGGUGGCAUCCCACUUUUGGGGUGGCGACUUUCCACGUAUGCGCUCUACCUCGUUUUGCUGCUGCUUCUUCUCCCGCAGAGCGGAGUUGGGCAGGCUGCAUGCCCCGAGAUUGAAGUAAAGGUUUUAACCCUCAAUGUGACGGAUCUCCCAAUUCCCGCAUACAUUACGGAAUCACUUCACCACGGAUUUGUUGCGGCAUUAUGGUCACGUAAUUACAUUGUUGGGGAGAAUGUACGUGUGACCCUCAUCAAUAAAUCGACCACGAUGGCUGAAUCCGGUAAGGCCAUUGAAGAAGCUUUGAAUGCUGAUCCUAGCAUUUUUAUUCUUGCUAAUGUCAUUGGUGAUACGACCUUGCAUUACUAUUUGCCCGUCAUUACGAAUCGAAAAAUUGUUUCAUUUGCCCCAUUUACCGGGUCGACGUUGGUACGGCAGUGGAACGAACAUCUAUACUUUGUGCGUGCUGAUCCAUUGGCCGAGCUUUUUGCACUGAUCCGCUACGCCUUGGCCCAACUACGGGUGCGUCGGCUGGGCUUCAUGUAUCUAGAGGAUGUUUCUUUCGGUGAUGAGGAGUACGACGAAACGAAAAAAGUGAUGACGCGUUUUGGCUACAAUUUGAGCGGUGUCUUCGCUGUGAAGAGCUCCUUGACUCAUGAGGCCGAAAACUCAGUGUUCGACGCUGCGUGGGAAGCGUUUGCGAAUACUAUGCCGCAGGCCGUGAUUGUGUUUGGAUCACCGAUAAAAGACACCGCGAAAUUCAUUCAGAGGAUGUUGACGGACAAUCGCACCGCUGGCGCUUACCUGCUUGUUCCCUCGGCGGUGCAGGACAUCACUGUCGAAACGUGGCGUUCUGCUGUGGCUGGUGGUAUUAAGUUUGUGUCUGGGCAGGUGAUCGCGACGGGGACGAACCCGCUGGCGGAGGAUAUUCAUUACGCCGCUAUCCAGCGCUUUCAGGGGGUGAUGCGGAGCUACAUGGAGAAUUUUUUGCCGGAAAGCAGUAGUCUUCGCAAGAACUUCCCCGACGAUGAUAUUGCGGGCGAGAUGAUGGUUGCAGGGUGGAUAGCGGGCGAGAUACUUUCACAGGCUUUGAACAACCGCGAGUGGCUUAAGGACAUUAAUACGUUUUUGGCUUCUCUGUUCAACCAACGCCGUUAUAUGGUCGACAACCUUGUGAUUGGCGACUACGGAGGCAGUUGCCAAGGGGUGGCUGAGUCAGAGGGCGCCAUGUGUUACUGCAACCAAGGUGGCCGGACCGUGUACAUGAAAAAGUUUGUGGAGGGAUACCGUA